CAACAAAACGAUCGUUCAUCUGACCACGCAAACAAAUUGUGUCUGGCUUUCCUUCGUCGCUCUACCCCGCGCAGCUCUUUCUACCGCUCGCGCUAUAGCUUUUACCCGCUGGCCUCUCUUUUACCCGCUCACUCGACAUUUGAUCUCACUUAGAUUACUGUUUUGCGGUCGCCGGGUUCCGUAUAUCUCUGCCGGUCAUGAGCAAUACAGACUUUCUCGGUCGGGCGAUAGAUGUCGUGAAGAAGGCGAUAGAGAACGACACCGCGGGCGAAUAUGAGAAGGCCUACCAGCUAUAUUAUCAAGCUUUGGAGUUGUUUAUGUUGGCUCUGAAAUGGGAGAAAAAUGCAAAGUCCAAGGAAAUGAUUCGAUCCAAGGCGGGCGAGUAUAUGGAACGGGCCGAGAAACUCAAAAAUCAUUUAGCGGAAAGCGACAAAGGGAAUCGCAGGAAACCUAGCGCUAUAGGCGCAAAUGGCAAAGUUUCUGGCGGUGGUGGCAAGGGAAAGGAGGAUGAGGAUGAAGACCCGGACGCGAAAAAGCUAAGAGGGGCCCUUGCCGGUGCAAUCCUCACCGACAAGCCAAACGUGAAAUGGGAAGAUGUGGCCGGCCUUGAGUCAGCAAAGGAAGCUUUGAAAGAGGCUGUCAUUUUACCGAUCAAAUUCCCUCAUCUCUUCACCGGAAAGCGUCAACCAUGGAAGGGUAUCUUGUUGUACGGACCACCAGGUACCGGUAAAAGUUAUCUCGCGAAGGCCGUUGCAACAGAAGCAAACAGCACAUUCUUUAGUGUCAGCAGUAGUGACCUUGUUUCGAAAUGGAUGGGAGAAAGUGAACGUCUUGUGAAGCAGCUGUUUAACAUGGCAAGAGAAAAUAAGCCUUCAAUCAUUUUCAUCGAUGAAGUUGAUGCUCUCUGUGGGCCUCGAGGAGAAGGUGAAUCGGAAGCUUCUCGUCGUAUCAAAACAGAAUUGCUCGUGCAGAUGGAUGGUGUUGGUCGUGACUCUAGGGGUGUGCUUAUCUUGGGGGCAACAAACAUCCCCUGGCAACUAGAUGCGGCUAUCCGAAGACGAUUCCAACGUCGAGUGCAUAUCAGCUUGCCCGACAUGCCUGGGAGGAUGAAAAUGUUUGAGAUGGCCGUCGGAUCAACCCCUUGCGAGCUGAAGCCGGCAGAUUACAAGACAUUAGCCCAGAUGACCGAAGGGUAUUCCGGCAGUGAUAUCAGCAUUGCUGUUCAGGACGCUCUGAUGCAACCGGUCCGCAAAAUUCAGACGGCAACCCAUUACAAGAAGGUCAUUGUUGAUGGCGCCGAGAAGCUGACGCCGUGCUCACCUGGUGAUCAAGGGGCCGCUGAAAUGGAUUGGACUGCAGUGGACUCCGAUAAGCUCCUCGAACCCCCACUGACGCUGAAAGACUUUGUGAAGGCUGUUAAAGGCUCAAGGCCAACGGUCAGCGCUGAGGAUCUCAAUAGAAGUGCGGAAUGGACCAAAGAAUUUGGAAGUGAAGGCGCAUAAAAAUGUCCCCGUCCUUAUUCAUAGUUCCUUUUUUUUUCUGUUGUUGUUAAUCGUGGCGUUUCAUUUUCCCGUCAUUUACCCCGUUCUCUGUUAAUCACAAAGUGCAUGCCCGUGUUUAUGGCUUACAUGCUGGCAUCUUUAGAUUUCGGAAACCCUUGUUGUUCUAACUCGUCUUUGUAUCUACAAAUAUCCGCUCAAGUUUGACACAAAUUCUUCAAUUCUCAAAGAGAUAUAAGUCACAAAAAUAUUUCCACCUCUUCGCCAUCAGAGUCGUCAUCGUUUCUGAUCUUAA